CCUCUGCAUUUGGUGGAAAGAUAAUGGUUAUGGGAGGUGACUUCAGACAGGUGUUGCCGGUUAUCAAACGUGGCACUCGAGCACAGAUUGUAGACUCCAGCGUACGAAUGUCACCUCGUUGGUCUUUGACUAAGAAGAUGCGGUUGACCAUAAAUAUGAGAGCGCUGAAAGAUCCACGGUUUUCUAAAUUUCUUUUAAGAGUCGGUGAUGGAACUGAAGAACCAAUCGAAGGAAACUAUAUCCGCAUACCCGAUGACAUGACAAUUCAGUGCAACAACAGAGAAAACGCUAUAAAAGAAUUGAUCCAUGCCAUCUUUCCAUCAAUUGAAGAUAAUGUAUAUUCUUCAGAUUAUAUAAUCUCUAGAGCAAUAUUGUCCACUAAAAAUGAUAGUGUUGACGAGAUUAAUAAUCAAAUGAUUGAAAUUUUUCAAGGGGAGGAAAAAGUUUAUUACAGUUUUGAUGAAGCUGAAGACGAUCAGCGCAACUUCUAUCCGGUCGAGUUCUUAAAUUCGCUAAAUGUUAGUGGUUUGCCGCCUCAUAAGCUUCAUUUAAAAAUUGGAUGCCCAAUAAUAUUGUUACGUAAUAUCGAUCCAUCACAUGGCCUGUGUAAUGGCACGCGGUUGAUAUGUAAGGGUUUCAUGCGAAAUGUUAUUGAUGCGGAAAUUGCAGUCGGUCAACAUGCCGGAAAAAGAGUUUUUUUGCCAAGAAUCCCUCUAACCCUUUCUGAAGAUGACAUGUUCCCAUUCAAGCUGAAAAGAAAACAAUUUCCAAUUCGACUUAGCUUUUCCAUGAUGAUUAAUAAAGAUCAAGGUCAAACAAUUCCGAACGUUGGUAUUUAUCUACCGGAUUCUGUAUUUUCACAUGGACAACUUUAUGUCGCGUUAUCAAGAGGGAUUUCAAGACAAAGUACGAAGGUGUUGGUACAUCUCGCCAAAGAAUUCAAACAACGCGGAGUUUACACAUCAAAUGUUGUCUACCAGGAAGUGUUGCGUGAUUAAUUAAUCGCAUCCGUAUCAAAACGAAGGAGAGGAGAAGAUACAAGAAAGUCAUAAGCGAACGGAUGUAUUGGUAAAACAGGAAGAGAUACAAGAGACUCCCCGCAUUUUGUUUUUAUUGUUUUGUCCAGC